AUGGAUGGAGAGGAAAAUAUUCCGCUACAAGGUUGGGAUGCUGAGAGAAAUGUUGACGACGAAGAGCAAACCACGACAAAAAGCGGAAAACCUCUAUUAACUUUAAAAUAUUGUAAUGAGCAUUCGAGGCUUUAUCGAAAUGAGGCGGAAAAUUCGACGACAUUUUAUUUUGAUUAUCUAUCCGAGAAUAAGAGUGUGGAAAUUCUAAAUUGGAACAAACUUCGCGACCUGAAGCUUGCCAACAAAUGGGGAGUUUUGCGGCACCCAUUUGUUCUAAACUACCUCAAUCAAAAGCUUAUUGAUUGCGCAUUAUUCUAUACAUUCCAUAUUAUAGCAUUUUUCCUAUUCUUGCUACUUCUUUCGUGGCACAUUUUCUCGCCGGCAUUUUUCAAAUCAUGCAUAGUAACCGUUUUCGUGGCAGCGUUUGCGAUAUCACAGAUUUUAAAAGCAACGUUAAAAGCGCGAGUGAGCCAUCGAAUUUCGGCAUGGUUCGUUGUCGCUUUCAUAUUCAAUAUGCUCACCUAUGCGGCAACUUUGGCCUAUGUUUGGCUGCCAACCGUCUUCAAAUAUGACGACUAUCACCAAGAAGUCAAACACAUCAUCCUCUGGUUUCUACCAAUUGUCGCAAUCAUCUCAGCAUGGAUCAAUUUCCUUUACAUUUUAAGAAAAUCGCCAUUCGGUAUUUAUAUUUUCAUGAUGACGCGAAUACUCAAAUCAUUCGGACAUGUCGCCGCCAUUUGGAUUCCAACCUUGAUCGCCUUCUCAUUCGCAUUUCAUUUAAUAAUGAAGGAUACUGGAAUCAAGCCAUGGUCUGGAAUUGAUCAGGCGACCGCGAAUGCUACAAUGAUCACAAAAUUGCUUGUAAUUCUUCGAGCUGUUACGAAAACGUCCACUAUGAUGAUUGGAGAAGUCGAUGCCAAUGACAUUCUAGACACUAACCAAUGGAUUCCAAGCAUUCUAGUGCUCGUCUUCGAAAUUAUCACUGUGAUCCUUCUGAUGAACCUGAUGGUCUCGUUGGCAGUCGGAGAUGUUACGGACCUCAAGAAUACUGCCAGUGAUAAGCUGCUGAAAAUUAAAGUCAAUUUUGUCAUCGAAGCCCUUCAACUCAGCGAGCAAUUUGAACGAAAUUUGCACACGACCAAAACGGAAAACAUACUAGUAAUCCAGGAAGAUGGUCAUUAUUUUACAACGACUGACGCAUUCCCUAGUGGUGAACCUCGAGAAUUAUCUAGCGCUGCUUACCAGCUUUCAUUGGCUGAACAACCAAUACAACUGCAUAUUCGCACAUUAACAGGACACUCGAAAACGGCGACUAUUAGGAAAUGCAUUUUUGAUUGUGUUGAAUCACCGUUGUCGGGGAUUCCGAAGAUUCUCAGAAGAAAAAGCGCCAAAUCCUAUGAGAAUAGUGAUGGGAUUCUCCAGAAAUGCGCAAAAUGGCUUAUUGGACUUGAUUGGGCCGGAUAUCUCAUCUUGUAA